AGUCCGUGCUUCUUGAUCGAUACCAGCUCGUGAAUAGAUCAUUCUCCUGCUAAAAGUCAUAUAAUAUACUGGAAAGUCUACUUAUUUGUAGUGACUUUUUGCUAGAAAAUCUUCCAAGAUAACCAACCAUGCCGGCGCCUCCCCCAAAUGCUUACUCUCCAGGAACUCGAUUAACGGUUGGCUCUCAUAAGAUUUCAAUCAUAAAGUACAUUUCAGCAGGUGGGUUUGCUCAUGUCUACACAUGUAACAUAGACCCACCUUUCAAUGGGUCUACCACUGCUUGUCUAAAAAGGGUUGUUGUACCAAACAAAUGGCAAUUAAAUUUAUUAAGACAAGAAGUUGAUGCCAUGAAGCGAUUGAGAGGAAACACUCAUAUAGUUUCAUAUAUUGAUUCCCAUGCUUCUCGUCUCAAUAAUCCACUUGAAAAUUCAGGUAAUGUUCAACAACAGCAAUAUGAAGUGUUUCUUCUAAUGGAAUAUUGUUCUAGAAAUGGAUUAAUUGAUUUUAUGAAUACAAGAUUGACCCAUAAGCUAACCGAACCAGAAAUCCUCACAAUAAUGCAUGAUGUAACUAUAGGUGUGGCAAUGUGUCAUCAUCUUCAACCACCAUUGAUCCACCGUGAUAUCAAGAUUGAAAACGUCUUGAUCGAUGAUAAAGGUACCUUUAAAUUAUGUGAUUUUGGUUCCGCCGUUGGUUACUUACCAGUUUCUAAAAAUCCCCAUGAAGCUCGCCAAUUAUAUGAUGACUUAAUGCAGCAUACGACUCCCCAGUACAGAUCACCAGAAAUGAUUGACUUGUCAAAAGGAUUUCCUAUUGAUGAUAAACUGGAUAUUUGGGCUCUUGGUUGUUUCCUCUACAAGCUAUGCUAUUACACUACCCCAUUUGAACUGACCAGUCAUUCCUCUCUUCAAGAUAUGGAAGCCCUGAUUCUUAACUGUGAUGUCACUUUGAAGAUCCCCCACAAUCAACCCGGUCUGAACUUCUCCCCUCGGCUUAAAAACAUUAUCAAAUGCUGCUUGAGGCCAGAUCCCAGAAGGAGACCCAACGCAGUACAAUUGUUGGAGGAAGUUUGCUCAAUGAGAGGUGAUUCAAAAAUACCCAAUAUUAUCCCUCACACUGUUCAAAACCAUCACAAUUCUCUUUCUUCGAAAGCGGUAUCUGAUGAUGAUUCGCCCGUAUUACCAACAAGACCAAAACAAACAACAUCUAAUAGAAGUGAAACUUUGGUCAAUAUGAAAACAUCUAAACCAACUGAUCCAUUUGCGUCAAUCGACAAAAGUAAGUUUUUACAAUCUGCCGUUUCCACCAGUAAUAAACCAGACAAAAGGUCGGGUAAUAGAAUUAAUACCUCUUACAUCCCUAGCUAUGCUACAACAGCCCUGACAGCGAGACCCCUUAGUACUGUUGCCCAAACUUCGUCCUCUAGUAAUCUAAAAAGUUUCAUUCAACGUCAACUCAAUGAAAGUAGUGAGGACAUUUCUAGUAAUAGAAAGUCGGAUGAGAAUGAUAGAGGUACUUUAGAAUUCCUUAGGUCCAAGGAGGAAGAAAUCAAUAAACUGCAUCUUGGUCUGAGACAAAAUACCGGUGGCAGCAUAAAACUGACUUUCAAACAUGGUCUCAGAAAAAUAAGUACCGGAGGAAGUAGCGUUUCUUCCUCUGCCCAAAAUACUGGUAAUAAUAACAUCAAUACAGGCCCAAGCAAGAGAAGCAGUAUUGGUUCUAUUAAACAGCUAUUAACUGGUAAUGGUAACAGAAGAUCCACUAGCCCUGAUUCUAGUGAUAGCUCAGCAAGCCAAAGUGAUAGCCUUAAAGUUUCGCAGGACGAAAAACCAGUUCGCAAAUUAUCAAUUCAAAGAAGAAUGGCAUUGCUUAUGAAUAAUAAAGACACUCCUACGUACAAAAGUGCAACCGGUUAUGGCAGAUUUACAGAAAAAGAUUUUGUUGAUCAAGAUGACAUUGCGGCUAUCAAUCAUCAAUCUUCUCGCUCCUCUAGUCCAGACCCACCAAAAAACGGUUUACCCAAGAAUAAAGAACAAUCAACUUUAAAACCACCAACUCCAAGACCGGUCUCAUUGUCACCACCAAAGGUUCCUAAGAGCUUAUCCGCCAAAAAAGCAUCUCCAACCAUUUCACAAAGUUCCACAUUUUCGGACAAAUCUCAUAGUAUCCAAGAAAGUGCCUCUCCACAAUCCCUUAUGUCAACUCAGUCAAAACUGUCAGCAUCCAAGACUCGUCCUAUAGGUAAGAAGCCUCCUCCUAAACCAAAGAAGCCUGUGUUUUUAAAGUCCCCCGGUAAUUCUCUAGGACACGAAAGAAGAUUGAGUGAUACCAGUGAAAUAUCAUUACCGGAUUUAGAUGAUAUGGAGAAACAGUUUUCAAAGAGGUUCCCUAGCUACGUAUAGAAUCUUUUCGACUUUAUUGGUUUAUAAACAACUUCUGCAUUAGGAUGCACAAAACCUUCUCUUCAUGUAACUAUACCUUUUUUAUCUUUCUGACAAUCUUAAUCGACC